AUUAAUGCUGGAGUGGCCGGAUGUUGCACAGGUCUUGCUCUAAGUUUUCCAGACUUGUGUUCUAAGAGUGAAUGUCAGCAGUUCAGGAUGGCAAAAGGUGGUUGCAGGAGUGGUCAAAAACACGAACGGAGUAUCAAAUUUCAGAAUGAAUGAAGAGGGAAUGGUUGAAGUGUCAGGGACAGUGGAUCCGAGCUUACUUCUAAAGAUACUAGCAAAGGCAGGGAAAAGAGCAGAGGUUUGUUGGUUUCAGUUUGGGCAAUGUUCUAGCAACUUGUAUAUGCCGCCGGAUCACAACGAUUACUAUGACUACGGCCACAAUGGUUACUGUGGGAAUUAUGGGUCCCAUGGAUAUGGAGGACUUGGUUAUAAUGGAGGAUAUGGAGGAAACAACUACUAUUCUGACCAUAGGUACCUCCAUCACAGAGGAUAUGGAACCCGUCCUCGGCCCAGACUUUCGUACCGGGUAGGACCUUCAUCCCCGCCCCUAGCCGAUGAAGGCGCUGGCUGCUGCAGUUUGAUGUGAAGUGGUAUAAAAUGGCUUCCUCAACUGUAGGUUUUCAGAGGCUAUUCAAAUAUGCAAAGCUAUAUAGCACUGGAGAUAUACAUUAUUCUUUGGUAAUUUCAAGUCUGUUUGGAGAAAUUUGAGGUUUUUAUAUUGAG